CUGUUGCCAUUAUUAAAGGAGCUAAGCAGUGAAGGGAAGAAACCCUCACACCACAGUUACAUGUUACUCAUCAUAUUACUGAUACUUAGUCAAGAUGAGUGCUUCAAUAAAUCAGUACAUGAAAUUACUGUAAAGAACAUCACGUGGGCCAGUGAGAAGAGCAUCCCUCAGACCACAUUAGGGAGCUUAAUGAUAAUAGUACUAGUGAGGACUGUCCAUAGAAAUAUACAGCACCUAAGGGAUAAGUUUCUCCAUACCAAUUGUUUGGCUACACUGGCUAACAUGUCGUCUCAUUUUCAUUCACUGUCUCUUGAAGCAGCUGAAAAGAUAGUAAAUUUAUUUCGUGUAUUGAGUAGGAAGUAUCUUAAAUCCAAAGGAGAGCCAAUACCAGCAAUAACUGGAGCUCAACCCACCAGCCCAACCACACGUACUUCACCUACCACGCCCACAGAACUGGCUGACACAGAGACACUCCAGGAGAUAUUAUUGAUGUUAUUAGAAAUCAUAAAUUCGAAUUUAACGUACACGCUACAUGUUAAUCCUCAUUUUGUGUAUUCACUGCUUUAUCAACGAGAGAUCUUCACACCUUAUCAUGGCAGACCUGGCUUUAUAGACCUGGUUAAUAAUAUUGAAAUGGUUAUUGCAUUUUUUGCGAAUAACGUUGAGAAGGAUGGCACUCCUCCAUUUUCUGCUCAAUUUGUGACUGAUAUCAUUAAAAAAUAUUCAAAAACAUGGCCAAGAAGCAGAUUAAGAAAAUUUUCUGAGUUAAAGUUCCGUUAUGUUGAAGAAUCCCAACCUGAUGAGUUCUUUGUUCCUUAUGUUUGGUCAUUAGUUCAAAAACACUCUCACAUACACUUUGAAAUUAAUAGAAAAUCAUCACCAACAUGAUACCCUCUUGCCCACAGAUCUUUGUGUUUCUUUAUCUUCUUUCUCUGUUGCACACACUGACUCUUUUGUUCUUCUCUCUCUCUCCUCCCUCCUCUUCUUAUAAUUCUUACUAAUAGUGGAGUAAUGUCACUAUUGGUAUCUGUGAUUAAUUAAUUAUAUUAAUAGAUGUACAUGUAUGUGAAGUGCAUAAUGCGAAUUAAGUUGUAGAUCUACAUGC